AUGAGAUUACCUUUUCAUCUUCCAGGACAACAAAAUGUUGUAUUUAGUUGUGACGACGAUAUUGAGGAUGUGUUACACAAACCUCGAGUAAAUUCAUCUAUUUUCUUAGAAUGGAUGAAGAUGAACAAUUCUAAGCCUGAAGCAAGAGAACUUACUUAUGUUCAGUUUCCUUCAAAAUAUGUGUGGAAGUUAAAAGAUCGUUGCUGGCAGCCACGUCAAAAUUAUGUUGUUAUUGGGAGAAUAUAUUCUGCGUCUCCUUCUCUUGGUGAGGCUUAUUAUCUAAGAAUUCUUCUUACCAAGGUUAAAGGACCAAGAUCAUUUGAAGAAAUCAGAACAUAUGAAGGUGUUGUUUAUCCUACUUUUAGGGAUGCGUGUUAUGCACGUGGCCUGUUAGAUGAUGACAAUGAAUAUAUCGAGUGUAUUAAAGAAUCCAGUUUCACUGGGAACGGUCAUUAUCUUCGUUCUUUGUUUGGAACACUACUUUUGUCUAAUACGCUUUCAAGACCUGAAGUUGUUUGGGAGAAAACAUGGGAGCUAAUGUCCGAGGACAUUUUAUACAAUAUGCGUAAAGAUACUGGCAUGAGCGGAUUCGUUGUAUCAGAUGAACGUUUAAAGAAUAUAACAUUGACCAAAAUCGAAAAAUUUCUUCUUCGUAAUGGAUCUAGCUUGCACAGGUUCUCAACGAUGCCUUAUCCUGAUGAUGACUAUCUAAUGACCGAGAGCAACCGUUUGAUAAAUGAGGAGCUUUCUUUUGACACUGAUGAACUUAGGGGUGAGUUCAAUAAUCUUCACAGCUCUCUAAACGAAGAUCAAAGAGUAGUGUAUAAUGAAAUUAUGGAUGCUGUUCGAAGUGGAAAAGGUGGUGUGUUUUUUGUGUAUGGUUAUGGUGGUACGGGCAAGACUUUUUUGUGGAAAACUUUAGGUGCAUCCAUUAGAUCCACUGGACAUAUCGUUAUUAAUGUUGCUUCAAGUGGUAUUGCAUCUUUGUUGCUAUCACGAGGUCGUACUGCUCACUCACGAUUUCAUAUUCCUAUUAAUCUCAAUGAAGAUUCGGUCUGCCAUAUCAAGCCUAAUACUGAAGUCGCUAAUCUUCUAAACCAAGCCAAGUUGAUUAUUUGGGAUGAGGCACCGAUGGUACACAAACAUGCUUUCGAGGCUCUUGAUCGUACAAUGAAGGAUGUUUUGAGUGUAUUUGAUUCACGAAAUUCAGAACUUCCAUUUGGUGGAAAAGCUAUUGUCUUUGGUGGUGACUUUAGACAAAUCCUACCGGUUGUACAAAAUGGAAGCAGGCAAGAUAUUGUAAACGCAUCUUUAUGUUCAUCCCACAUCUGGUCCCAUUGCAAGGUGUUAAAAUUGACAACCAACAUGCGUUUGUCGGUAGGAUCCAGUAGCUCAAACAUCGAGGAAAUAAAUAUAUUUGGUAAAUGGCUUCUAGAGAUUGGCGAAGGCAAUGUUGGUGAUUCUAACGAUGGUGAUUCUAAUAUUGAAAUACCUGAUCAUCUUUUGAUAAUUGAUGAAAAUGAUCCGAUUCAAGCUUUGAUUGACUUUGUAUAUCCUUCAGUUUUGGAUCGUUUUAAAGACCGUGACUACUUUUCUGAAAGAGCUAUACUCGCUCCUAAGAAUGAAGUUGUUCAUGAUAUAAAUGAUCGUUUGCUUGCUUUGUUUCCGGGUGAAGAGGUAGAGUAUCUUAGCUCUGAUAGUUUAUGUCCUACUGAGGAGAUUAAUGAUCCGUUACAUCAAGAUUUAUAUAAUCCAGAUGUGUUAAACAGUGUGAAAGUAUCUGGAUUACCAAAUCAUAGAUUGGUAUUGAAAUUGGGUGUUCCGGUAAUGCUUUUGAGGAAUAUUGACCAGCAAAACGGUUUGUGUAAUGGUACGCGUCUUCAAAUCACACGUCUUGGUAAACGUGUUAUCAAGGCUGAGAUAUUAUCGGGAAGUAAUGUUGGUUCAAGAACUUACAUCCCAAGAAUUAGCAUGAUACCAUCUGACAAAAAAAUACCCUUCAAGUUUCAACGAAGGCAGUUUCCAAUAACCGCAAUACCUAUAUGUAUGAGUAGAUUUAUAUGGAUGAAUAACUUACAAUCCUCAACAGUUAGUCUUAAAUUUGAUGAAACGCAUUCAUGGAGUGUUGUUAUCAAAUUAAUAGAAGAUGUAUUCUACUUUACCGAUGGAUGGUCUGAGGUUUUAAACUACUUUGGCCAUGGAUAUUUCUUUAUUAUUUUUAACUAUCUUGGUGAUCGUACUUUCAAGUUCAAGCUCUUCUGUCAUGAUCCAAAUCAAGAGUGGGGGAAACCGUUUUGUAAAAUUAUUCAAAAUCCUUUAAAAAGUCCAAUGGUUAUACCAGAUACUUUUCUUUCUAAACAUUAUGAUUAUCCUUUACCGGAUAACAAGGUUAUACUUAACGUAUCCGAGAAUCAUAAAUGGGAAGUCCGUAUUAGAAAGAUAGGUCCAAAUUACUAUUUUGCUGAUGGUUGGUUUAAAUUUAUUGAAGAUCUUAGGUUAAAUCCUGGUGAUAUUUUGUGUUUUAAAAUAAACGAUGUGAAAAAUUUUAAUAUUACCAUAUUCAAUAAACACGGUCGUCAAGUUUUGUUAAACAACACUCCUUUGAUUGAGCCAGAAUAUGAACAUAUUAGCAAUGUGGAAGGUUAUCGACAAGUUAGUGAUGAUCAUAACUAUCCUUUUUUUGCCAUGACAGUAACUAAUGAAUUGAUUCUUCCGAAAUUGAUUACUGACUUAAGUGGUUUAAAUGAGUUGUCUGAAGUAAAGAUCAAAGUUAUUAAAGGAAAUACUUGGGUUAUGAAUCUUCGUACACUCAAUAUUGAUGGUCAAAGAAGGUACGGUGUUGUUGGAUGGCCUGAUAUACUUGAAGCUGAACAUAUUUCCUUAGGUGACGAUUGUUUUUUCAACUGGUCUAAAACGAAUUCCAAGUUAUUGGUUACGAAACUCCAGCAAUCAUAA